GUGACGUAAGCAUCGCGAGAAGAUGUGGAGGAAGCGCGAGCGUUUGUGUAACAUGCAGGAAAUACAAUCCCGUGUCCUUUGAUGCUGUGACACAGCUGCGUGCAUGGCGGGACGAUGGAAGAAACAGCUCAAAGAGGCAGUGAAGGUCAUCAGCUCAGGCAGCAUUUUGUUUGCUUCCUACCUCACUGUGGUUGGAGAUGAGCGCUUCUACGGCAGCCAGCUGAUGCCUCUGCUGCAGAGGCUUGUGGGUCCAGAAACGGCACAUGUGUUUGCGGUGAAGAUGAUUGGACUGGGUCUGGUUCCUCUGAACCGCUACAAAGACCCUACAUCACUGGAAGUGAAUGUACUUGGACUGAAGUUCAAAAACCCUGUUGGGAUUGCGGCAGGCUUUGACAAGCACGGCGAGGCUGUGGAUGGCUUGUUCAAACUGGGUUUUGGUUUUGUUGAAGUGGGCACGAUCACUCCAAAACCUCAGGAGGGGAAUCCUAAACCCCGUGUGUUUCGACUCCCUGCAGAUCAGGCAAUUAUUAACAGGUACGGAUUCAACAGCUGUGGUUUAGCAAAAGUCCACACAAGGCUGCAGGCCAGAGGAGAAACGCAGCAAGAGCAGCGUAACACUGGCCUUCCCCUGGGCAUCAACCUGGGGAAGAACAAGCUUUCCCAGGAUGCAGCUGCAGAUUACUCUGAGGGGGUGAGAGCUCUGGGCCCGCUUGCUGACUACCUAGUGGUCAACGUCAGCAGCCCUAAUACGCCAGGUCUGCGAGAUCUGCAGGGAAAGGCUGAACUCCGCCAGCUAUUACGUACGGUGUUGAAGGAGCGUGAUGCUCUGCAGGAAGAACGCAAACCCCCAGUCCUGGUUAAGAUCGCUCCUGACCUUUCUGCCCAGGACAAACAGGACAUUGCUGAUGUUGUUACUGAGUUGGGAGUGGAUGGUUUGAUGGUGUCUAACACCACUGUGUCCAGGCCAGAGGUGCUUCAAGAUCCACACAAGUCUGAGGCUGGAGGGUUGAGUGGCCAGCCCCUCAAAGACCUCUCCACCAAGACUGUCAGCGAAAUGUACGACCUAACCAAAGGUAAGGUACCGAUUGUUGGAAUUGGCGGUGUGGCCAGUGGCCAGGAUGCAAUGGAUAAGAUCCGAGCUGGUGCCUCACUUGUUCAGCUCUAUACUGCUUUGACCUAUCAGGGUCCACCUGUGGUGACGAAGGUAAAGCGAGAACUGGAACAACUUCUUAAAGAUCAAGGUUUCAGCUGUGUGUCUGAGGCUGUUGGAGCAGAUCACAGGCAAGGAGAGAGAAAAUCUUAGCACAUAACUCCCAAGGCUCUGCUGCACGUGUAGCCGCCACCUCCUCCAUCAACAUAUGCAUCAUCUUUCUGUAAUAAACAGAAUAAUUUGGAUGAUUUUUCCUUAGUCCACUCUGAUUUCCACAGUGGCAAAUAAAUGAUCUGUUUUAGUAUAUAGAUUCUCAUUUUCAAUAAAUUACAUUAAUACCAUAACAAUAUAUUUUUCUAUUUUUUUGUUUUGUUUUUUUACAGUAUUAAGAAGCUAAUCAAUAACCUGAUUACAGCAGGUCAUGUUUUGUUACAGUGUAACAGCAGUUUGUGUUUUUAAAGUGCAUGAAAACACCAAAGUGCAUUUUUAAUGGUUGAAAUGUGUUUGCUAUGUUUGUGUAAAGAACAUAAUUUGCCAUACUGGUGUAAAACCUUAAAAUCUUAUUGAAUUAUUAAAUACAAUUAAAACAAA